UCACCACAAGUACGUAUUCUACAAUGGCGUACAAGUUUUUAAUUUCAACGCUGUUGCUAGUAGCAGUAGUGAAAGAAGCUACUUCUGCUACAAAUUUAACUUUCCCAGAUUACUUCAAAUUUGGAGCUGCAACUGCCUCUUACCAAGUAGAAGGGGCGUGGGACGAAGACGACAAAAGUGAAAACAUUUGGGAUCACAUAACACACGCAACACCUACAUACGUUGACGAAAAUGACAACGGAGACAUAGCAUGUGAUUCCUACCAUAAAUAUAAAGAAGAUGUUGCUAUGCUAAAAGAGCUCGGAGUAGAUUACUAUCGAUACUCCAUAUCUUGGUCCAGAAUUGUACCGCAUGGUUUAGCUGGGACACCGAUAAACCCGGUGGGUAUUGAAUAUUACAGAAACCUUACUCAAGAAUUGCUGGAUAAUGGUAUUGAACCCUUGGUCACUAUAUUCCAUUGGGAUACUCCAGAAAUAUUGCAAGAUAUCGGUGGAUGGCCAAAUCCAGAACUUGAGGAACACUAUGCAUAUUAUGCUAGAACCUUAUUUGAAGAACUUGGCGAUCUGGUAAAAUUAUGGUUGACUUUCAAUGAACCGAAACAAACCUGCAUGCAAGGGUACGGUGAUGGCGAGAAAGCUCCAGGAAUAAAAGCGUCUGGAGUUGCGGAUUACAAAUGUACACACGUUCUGCUGAAAGCUCACGCUAAAGCGUAUCAUAUUUAUGAUGAAGAAUUUAGAGCGACGCAAAAUGGAAGAGUUGGAAUGGUUAUAGAUACUGAGUGGUUUGAACCAGCCAGUGGCAGUGACCAAGACCUAGAAGCAUCAGAGAGGGCACUUCAAUUUACAUACGGCUGGUACGCUAAUCCCAUUGUAAACGGGAAUUAUCCACAAGUUAUGAUUGAUCGUAUUGACGCAAGAAGUGAAGAACAAGGCUAUCCUGAAUCAAGGCUUCCAAAAUUCACAGACGAAGAAUUGGAAUACAUUCAAGGAACUUAUGAUUUUCUAGCGGUAAAUCAAUAUUCCACCAGUUAUGUAGAAUGGCAAGAGGAAGCUGACAUAAACGUUAUAAGUUAUGGUAGUGAUUUAAAUGUUCAUACCUGGACAGAUGACAGCUGGGAAUCUUCAGCAUCUGAUUGGCUCAAGGUUGUCCCUUGGGGGAUAAGGAAAGUGUUGAAUUGGGUAAGCAAAACGUACAAGAAUCCUGAAAUUUUCAUCACGGAAAAUGGGUACUCUGACGCUGGUGGUCUUGAAGACGACCGAAGAAUAAACUACUACACGGAAUAUCUCAGCAAUAUUCUAGAAGCUGUUUUGGAAGAUGGAGUUAAUGUCACAAGAUAUACAGCUUGGAGUCUGAUGGAUAAUUUUGAAUGGACUGACGGAUACACGGUUAAAUUUGGCUUGUACAGUGUCGACUUCGAUGAUCCAGAAAGACCUAGAACUCCAAAACAAUCAGCUGCUUAUUAUACUAAAGUUAUUACCACUAGAUGUUUGGUAGAAACGUGCGAAUAAUUUGUAAUAAUAAUUUGACUUAAAGCUAUAACACAGGUUUCCGAAAAAUAGAAUAAACAAAAUAAACACAAAAUA